AUGGCACUGCAGAUGGUGGUCAGAAGACACUUGUCAUUGUCAAGACAAGAACUGAUCCACAAGAUAUUGGGACAACAUCAGCGUACGUUUAUGAAUGGGUAUAGACAAGUUUCCACACUGACGUUGAAUCUGCUACAGAAGCAAGAAGAGUUGGCCAACCGGGAUUUGAAUAACUUUUACCUUCAAGCAAGUUUCUAUAAGACCCUUUUGUCUCAUAACUAUCCUCACAUUGUGGUUCAACGGUACGAGACUCCUGGAAUCGCUGCUAAUGAGGAAUGUAUGCGGUUAUAUGUUGAAGCGUUGAAUAGAAUGGGUAAGAAAGGUAAAGCUGAUCAAGUUGCAUCUCAGAUGGGUCAAGCUGCAUCAUCAUCAUCCUACAACCAACAACAACCUGGUACCGUGGGUUCUCAAGGUUUUGGAAGCGUAUUAGGUGGUGCUGGUUUAAGUGGUGGUGUUGGAGGUGGUAUUGGAUCUAAAUAUGAACCAGUCCAUGUUAUAGUUAAUGAGAACUUGCUUACAAUAGUGUCCAGAUGGUUGAAAUGGUUAAUCCCAUUAGCAUUAGCCAUAUAUGGUAUAACUGCAGCUUUUGAGUAUGUUACCGAACAUGGUACCAUGUUUAAAACCAAUGAAGUUUUAAAUACUCUGAUUGAUGUUUCCCAUUCUACCGUUAGAUUUAAAGAUGUUUGUGGAUGUGAUGAAGCCAGAGCUGAAUUGGAAGAGAUUGUGGAGUUUUUGAAAGAUCCAUCUAGAUUUACAGCAUUAGGUGGUAAAUUACCUAAAGGUGUUUUACUUACUGGACCUCCAGGUACUGGUAAAACUCUUUUAGCAAGGGCUACGGCCGGUGAAGCUGGAGUGCCAUUCUUUUUCAUGAGUGGAUCAGAAUUUGAUGAGUUAUAUGUUGGUGUUGGUGCCAAACGUAUUCGUGAGUUGUUUGCACAAGCCAGAGAAAAAUCUCCAGCUAUUAUUUUCAUUGAUGAAUUGGAUGCUAUUGGAGGUAAACGGAAUCCUAAGGACCAAGCGUACGCUAAACAAACAUUAAAUCAAUUGUUGGUUGAAUUGGAUGGGUUUUCUCAAACCAGUGGGAUCAUUAUUAUUGGUGCUACUAACUUUCCAGAACUGUUGGAUAAAGCAUUGACCAGACCAGGUCGUUUUGAUAAGGAAGUGAUUGUUGAUUUACCUGAUGUUCGGGGUCGUAUUGAUAUUUUGAAACACCAUAUGGAAAAUGUGGAAACUUCAGAAGAUGUUGACCCCAGUAUAAUUGCUCGUGGUACUCCUGGAUUAAGUGGAGCAGAAUUGAUGAACUUGGUAAACCAAGCAGCAGUUCAUGCAUCUCAAAUGAGAGCACCUUCUGUGAAUAUGCAACAUUUUGAGUGGGCUAAAGAUAAGAUUUUAAUGGGAGCAGCUAAAAAGAAAAUGGUUAUUACUGAAGAAAGUCGUCGUAAUACUGCUUGGCAUGAAGCUGGCCAUGCUAUUAUGGCUAUGUAUCUGCUUGGAGCCACACCAUUAUAUAAGGCCACUAUUUUACCUCGUGGACGUGCUUUAGGGAUCACGUUCCAGUUGCCUGAAAUGGACAAGGUUGAUAUGUCCAAAACUGAAUGUUUAGCACGUAUGGAUGUUUGUAUGGGAGGUAAAAUUGCUGAGGAGAUUUUGAAUGGAGCUGAUAAUGUUACUAGUGGAUGUUCUAGUGAUUUAGCUAAUGCUACCAAUGUUGCACGAGCAAUGGUUACAUCGUAUGGGAUGAGUGAAAAGAUUGGCCCAGUUAAAUUGAGUGAUAACUGGGAGAGUUGGUCACCUAAUAUGAGAGAUAUGGCUGAUCAUGAAGUUCGAGACUUAUUAAUGGCCAGUGAAGGACGUAGUCGUGGGUUAUUGUCCAAUAGAAGAGUUGAAUUACAACGAUUGGCUGAAGGGUUAUUAGAAUAUGAGACAUUAACUAAGGAAGAGAUGGAGAAGAUUGUUGUUGGAGAAGCCAUUAAUAAGCCCAAAAUGAUCAGUAAUACUGUUGUGCCUGGACCUAAAGCCAGCAACACCAAUCAAGAGAGUCGUGGUAAGGGAACUGGGAGCAGUAAUGGAGGUAGUGGAGAGGGAGCAGAUGAUAAGAAGAAUUCACCCCCCACAUCUCAUACUCCACCCACCCCUAUAAAUCCUCGAGCCAGUAGUAGUGUGGCAUGA